GUCGCAUGGGCUCCCCCCCGUUGCUAUGUGCGAACUACUGUUAUAUCCUUCCGUAGACGAGGCUCCACGUACAGCAAACAUUUCGCGUUUUCCUCCUCUGGCUGUGAUGCGUUCUCCAUUGAGUUCGCUGCCUACAAAUGCCACUCGCGGACGUCGAACCAGUUGUUCGCGCGUAGCUUCUACCAAAAACGCGAGGAGUGUCAUACUUUGACUGCUUUAUAAGCGACAUUUUUCCUCUAGUGGGUAUUUGUUACAAACCGUCCAUAUCGUCGAAGAUCCAGUAAGAAUUUCGCCGGGUUCCAAGACGUGAGGAUGAAUUCCAUACGACAGGUGCCUUCAAGGGUAAAAACCAAAAGGACCGAAACCAAUUUAGGUGCGGAGAGGGAACAUUUUGAUAAGCAGCAGCUCAGCAGCAUCAGCAAAGCCAUAAACUCCAAUGAGGCGCCUGUGAAGGAGAAACAUGCACGCAGGAUCAUUCUGGGGACCCACAGGGAGAAGGGAGCCUUUACCUUCUGGUCCUACGCCUUGGGCCUCCCCUUGUCCAGCAACUCCAUCCUCAGCUGGAAGUUCUGUCACGUGGUGCACAAAGUCCUGCGGGACGGCCACCAUAACAGCCUUCAGGACUGCAUGAGACAUCACAGUAACAUAGUUGAGACGGGGCAACUAUGGGGCAACCUUCAUGACAGAUAUGGCCAGCUGGUGGCUCUGUAUGCUAAGCUCCUCUGCACAAAGAUGGAGUUCCACAUGAAGCAUUCUGAAAUCCGAGCCAACCUAGAGGUAACAGAUGAGGUUCUGGAGCGCGUUGCAGGAACAGACAUCAAUAAUGUGUUCCAGCUCACUGUGGAAGUGUUUGAUUACCUGGAUACAGAGCUGAGGCUAGCCGAGACAGUGAUCCGGCAGCUCAACACGUCCAUUGCCAUCUCUACGCUGACGUCAGGCCAGUGUCGACUGUCCCCCCUCAUCCAGGUCAUUCAGGACUGCAGUCACCUCUACCACUUCACCGUCAAGCUGCUCUUCAAGCUGCACGCAUGUCUCCCAGCAGACACCCUGCAAGGACACCGUGAUCGUUUCCAUGACCAGUUCCACAGCCUCAAGACCUUCUUCAACAAAGCCAGAGACAUGAUGUACUUCAAGAGACUCAUCCAGAUCCCCAAGCUGCCAGAAUCCCCUCCUAACUUCCUGCAUGCGGCUUCCCUGGCCAAGCAUGCGAGGCCGGUGGUGGUCAUCCCAGACGAGGAUGAGCCCGAGCAGGUGGAUGAUGACGAUGACGACCCUGAGCCGCUGAUCAAUGUCAGUGACGUCACCAUGCCCAGCAUGACGGUGCCACAGCAGUUCGACAUAUUUGAUCAAACCUUCGGACCUGCCAAUGGUGGUUUUGAUGACAGGGAUAUCCAGAUUGAGAACCUCAAGCGGGACUUCGAGCUAUUGAGGGCAGAUCUGGAAAGGGUCAAAGGAGAGGCCCAGCGCUACAUCACCCAGCUCAAGUCCCAGAUCAACAGUCUGGAGGCGGAGCUGGAGGAGCAGCGGGUGCAGAAACAGCGUGCCCUUGUGGAGAACGAGCAGCUGCGCAUGGAGCUGGAGGCCACGCGCCGCCGCAACGCUGAGCACGAGAGCGUGCAGGCCACCUUCGGAGAGGCCGAGACGAGAGCCCAGGCCACAGAGCAGCGCUAUAACAAGCUGAAGGAGAAGCACACUGAGCUAGUGUCCAGCCAUGCGGAAUUGCUCAGGAAGAGUGCAGACACAGUGAAGAUGUUGUCGGCCACCCAGCAGACCCAGGAGGAGGUGGAGAGGACCAAGCAGCAGCUGGCUUUUGAGGUGGAUCGCAUCAAACAGGACGCUGACAUGAAGCUUGAGGAGCAGAAGUUUGAGAUGGAGAAGCUUAAAAGGGAGUUUGAGGAGAAGAAGGCAGAAGUGGAACGUGUCAAAGGCACUCUGCAGAGCAACGAGAAGGUGGGGGAGCAGCUGACCAGAUCCAUGUCUGCGCUGCAGGCGGAGAAGGAGCGUCUGAUGCACUCUGUGAGUGAGAAGGAGGCAGCGCUGUCGUCCCUGCGCCAUGCUGCACAGCUGCAGCAGUCGUCCCUGCAGCAGGAGAGAGAGAGGAGCACCAGGGAGCUGGGAGAACUGCAGGGCAGGCUGCAGGAGAAGUCUAGCCGUGAGGAGCAGUUGCAGCAGAAGCUGCUGGAUGAGCAGUUCUCCCUGCUGCAGGGAACGGUCUCUGAGGCUGAGAGCAUCAUCCAGGAUGCUGUGGCCAAGCUGGACGACCCCCUGCACAUCCGCUGCACCAGCUCCCCAGAUUACCUGGUCAGUCGGGCAGAGGCCACUUUGGGCUCCAUUGACAAAGUGACAAAGGGUCACUCAGACUACCGGACGAACAUGAGAGAUGCUGGUGGGCUGCUGAGGGCCCUGACCCAGUUCUCCCACCUGGCUGCUGACACCAUCAUCAACGGCAGUGCCACAGCACACAUGGCUCCCACUGACCACGCCGACCGUCUGACGGAGAAUUGCAGGGGCUGUGCCACUCAAAGUCUGCAGUUCCUGAAGGAUCUCAAGUCCAAGGCCUCUCUCCAGAGGGCAGAUCCGGCCUCCAUUCGCAUUGUGGUCCAAAAGAUCCUGAGGCUGGGGGAGGAGCUGCGACCUAAAGGCAUGGAUGUGCGACAGGAUGAGCUGGGAGAUCUGGUGGACAAGGAGAUGGCAGCCACAUCAGCAGCCAUUGAGGAGGCAGUGCGCAGAAUCGAUGAAAUGAUGAAUCAGGCACGAAAGGACACCUCUGGUGUCAAACUUGAGGUCAAUGAAAGAAUCCUCUACAGCUGCACAGACCUGAUGAAGGCCAUCCACCUACUGGUCCUGACAUCAACCGACUUACAGAAGGAGAUUGUUGAGGGAGGGAGGGGUGCAGCCACUAUUAAGGAAUUCUACGCCAGGAACUCCCGUUGGACUGAGGGACUCAUCUCUGCCUCCAAAGCUGUGGGAUGGGGAGCCACACAGAUGGUUGAGUCCGCUGAUAAGGUGGUGCUGCACACUGGCAAAUAUGAGGAGCUCAUCGUCUGCUCACAUGAGAUCGCUGCUAGUACAGCACAGCUGGUCGCUUCCUCCAAGGUAAAGGCAGACCGCAACAGUACGAAACUGACAGCUCUCCAGCAGGCUUCUCGCCGUGUGAACGAGAUGGCAGCCAACGUGGUGGCCUCCACCAAGACAGGCCAGGAGCACCUGGAGGACAAGGAUACCAUGGACUUCUCUGGAAUGUCCCUCAUCAAGUUAAAAAUGGAGGAAAUGGAGUCGCAGGUGAAGGUGUUGGAGCUGGAGAAUCAGCUGGGUAAUGAGCGUCUCCGUCUGGGAGAGCUCAGGAAGAAGCACUAUGAUAUAGCAGGUGUUCCAGCAGCAGACCUCUCAGAGGGCAACGGCCUGGCCCCCUCAUCUGCCUCUGAGCCCUCCUCACCCAAACCCUCCAAGCCUAGCAUCAUGAGGAAACCUGCCUUGGCUCAGAAACCCAACUUACCGCCUAAAAAUAUGUUCAGAUAGACUGAUGCAGGCUAGAGAAGGACAUCUCCAUGCUGGAUAGUCCGGUUGAUCUGAGACGAACAGUCAUCGUAUGAAGUGAACACAGGGUCCU